UCUGGGUAACAAAAAAAAAACUUUGUUUAGAGGAAACCGAGGAAACCUAACCUCUUACAGUUUGGCAGUUUAUGUGAUGAAAUACGAAGUAAUCCGCUCGUAAAUUCGAUUCCUUUUACGUUCAAAUAAGAAUUUGCGGUAAAUGUGUUGAAAUUGAGUGUUGGCAAAUCGAGUACAAUGGAAAUAAAUGAAAUAUCAAACAUAUCCUAUCCGCUACGCGGUGCAUUGGUUCCAUUUGCAUUGACGCGCUCCAACAACGACCAAUAUUGUUUGCUCACACGGCAAUCGGCUCAAAUACUCAAUUUAUGCUUCAAACACAAUGAAGACGCAAAUCUGAAUUUCAUCAAAACAACGUACAAAGCUCCGACCGUCAUGCCAACGAGUAAAAUUAAUGUUUGUCACGAUGCCAUUUACAACCAUGCAACCGAUGCUCAGAAACAGGAGUUGACACUGGAUGUUCUUCUAAUGCCUGAGCUGUCACAGCUGGACCAUCACAAUAUCUGCUUAACGUCUGUGAAAUGGUCGCCCGCUUCCGUAACAGUCAAAAAUGAAGCGUACAUCGCCGGCCUAACCAAUUACGGUGGAUGUAACAUUUGCUAUCGGCAAGACGAUGAACGAUAUUGGCUGGAAAUCGCAAACAUAUCCGAUCUGUGGCUCAAUUACUGUACGGAACAGCCGAAGAAGAAUGAGAAAAUUACGAAAUUCGAAAAGCUGAAAGAAAUGGUCCGAGACGUCCACAUAACGGCUAUCGAUUGGAACAACAUUUGCGUCAACAAUCAGUGCGGAUUUGCUAUCGUGUCCGCUUCGGGUAAACUAGCACUGUUUAGUGUUGCGAAGCAAAAGUCAACUGCUGAAACCUCGGUUGAGGUGGAACAGAAAUAUCUCUGCGAAACCGGACUGUUCAAGGUGAAUGUUCUGAAGUGGUUCUCCUACUAUGACGAUAAUGAUACGCUGAAAUCGAUGCUGUUGUUGGGUGAUUUGCAAGGUAAUCUCCAUAUGUACACAGUGGUCAUGCAGGAUGGAUCAAUCCAAAACGUUGUCAAGGCAGCCUCGUUGUGGAACCAUAACGAUGAACAGAAGUUCAGCGACGUCUACGGAGAAUUCAACUACGGAACGAAACAUUUCACCAUUGUGGCCUGUAAAGGAUCCUUUGUCCAUGUCUUCAUACUAAACUCCAAAGGCAAACUGAUACGCACAAUGUCGCAGUAUGUCUCCGAUUUAUUCAUCACUGGUUGUCACAAGGUGGUCACAAGCCCUGACAAGUACAUUGUGUGCACAAUGGGCGGAACCAUACAAGAGCUAACCAUCCAAAUGGACUCGGAGAUCACCGUCAACACAAUCAAAUGCAACGUCGACUUUAAGAAAUUCGCCUUAUACGGCAUCUUGCCGUCAAGUAAUCAAGCCUAUUGGAUACUCGCUAUGUAUCCGCGCGUAGCCACCGAUCAUCUGGUGCUACGAAAGCCGACCACAAUCUCAUUUUGUAUUACACGUACGUUUGACAUAAUGAGCAAACUGCUGCGCAAUGACUCGAUUUGCCUCAGUAAUUACUACGAUUGUGCCGAGAUCCUGCGGUACAUGGAAUUGAAACGGGGCGAAAUACCGCUCGAGUACUUCGAAGAGAUCGUUCUGCCCAUCGAAACGACCGAUCUCUAUUUGUACAAACUGAAAAUUCGUUCGAUUGCGUGCAAUGCACGGAGCAGCUACUACAAGAGGAAAUCGUUGAUGGUCGAAUCGAACUAUUUACGGCACGAAUUCAAUUUCAUUCUGAAGACGAUCCUGGCCAUUACCUACUACAAACGACUGAGCUAUCUGGUGAACAUAGAGAAUUUCAAUGAAUUGCUGCCGUUCCAGCAGUUGGCGGCAAAAAGUUGGCGAGCCUAUUUGAUCGACUAUAUGGAUGAGAACCAUACGCUUCUGGAGGCGUACGAAAAGGUUCGUGACACGUUGAAGAUAAGCUUUGACAUUCUGUUAGAGGAGACCAAGAAAUUCGAAGACUCACCACCGGAAAAGUGUUUGUAUUGCAACAAGAACAUCGAAGCAAAUAAAUUGACUUGUCAGGACAAUCAUGAUAUCAGUAGAUGCUGUGUGACGCUGAUCCAGGUGCCAAUAUUAAAUCAACGUUCCUGUCGGCAAUGUCAUGCCGUUGCUCUGGAUGAUAUAUCGAAAUUGCAGGAAGCGACUAUGAUGAAAAUGGAGCAAUUUUACUGUCCCACUUGUGACAUUCCGCUCGAACUGAACACAUCAGUUUUUGUUGAAAAUUUUUAAUUUAAAAAAAGUGUUUGUCGCGGGUUCGCGUUUGCUGUUUUUGUUUGAUCAAUUAAAAUUUUAAGGAAAAA